CUGUGAUACUGGUGUGUAUAUAUACACGCAUGACGUUUCCACGACGGUGGCACGUCGUGGUCCGGUUUCGUGCGGUGGUGGAGCCGCUUGCCCGUCCGCCGUCUGUUUGUCGUGCCGCGUUCGCUGCUAAUUGAACGUAUACUCCUGUCGGUCAAGAUGGUGAUGAAGGGACGCAAGACCUCGAAUAAGAACCCGCCGAUCUUCAGCCACGAGUUCAUCAUAAAGAAUCAUGCGGAUAUCGUCUCCUGCGUGGCCAUGGUCUUCGUGGUCGGCCUCAUGGUGCAGAUUACAUCACCAUGGGCUUAUAUGUUUGUUGCUAUUCAUCAUAAUGUGACCAAUACUACUGAGGAUCCGACAGCAGUGGUGAAGUAUACUACAGGAGGAAAAGAUGCCUGUGCAGUGUUCUUUUAUUUCUUAAUAACCAUCAUAAUGCAUGCUGUGUUUCAGGAAUAUAUAUUUGAUAAACUUUCCAAACGGCUUCAUCUCAGCAAAGUAAAGCUUUCUAAAUUUAAUGAGUCCAGCCAAUUAAUAGUAUUCUAUAUACUAUCUGCAUUGUGGGCCAUUGAUAUUAUAAUCAGAGAGAAUAUACUUUUGAACAUUCGGUCAUUGUGGGAAGAAUACCCAGCACCAAUGUCCGCUUCCUUAAAACUAUUUUUCAUCAGCCAGCUUUCUUAUUGGUUGCAUUGUUAUCCCGAACUCUAUUUUCAACGAAUUAAAAAAGAAGAUAUUUUGCAACGUAUUGUCCAUGCAACUAUUGGAUUAAGCUUUACAUUAGCAGCUUACUUCUUCAAUUUCCAACAUCUUGCCCUAAUCUUAUUAACUCUCCAUUAUGUGGGAGAUGCUUUGCUACAUGCAGCGAGACUGGUUCACUUCAUUAGUCAAAAAGAAAGCAGAACGAAAUUGUCAUUUCUGAUUGCCAAUUCGACUUAUGCGUUCGCGCAUAUUACGACUAUCGCACUUACAUGUGUAGUAUUCCUGUAUGGUUUGAGGAAACAGGAGUUCAAAUUCGACUACGCUAACGGCAACUUUAAUACUCCUGCUGUGCAAUUUUCAGCAGCGGUUAUUAUCUCGCUCUUCCAAGGCUACAUUCUAUAUUACUUCAUCGCGAAGCAGAUCAAGCGUGCACGCGAGAACGCUGCACCUGUUGUCGUGAAGACGAGACCGAAGCAGAAGCCGAAGAAACGAGAAGGCAAGAAAUCGGCCUUGUCCGAAGACGACGAUCUUCCUGAAGUAGAUCAGGCGACGAAGAAGAAUCUGAGAAAUCGUCCUUCAGCCAAAGCAAAAUAGACGCUCAAUAAAUUAGAGAAAUCAUUCCUACAAGGCUGAUUGAUGUUCGAUUUUAUUCGCCUAUACGUCACGAACAUGUCAGAAUAUUCAACUAAGGCUGCGGUCCACUUGCUUCUUCCAAAUGCUUUAAAUGUUGCGCUCCAAAUACUGCGCUUAGACUAUCAAUACAUUACUGUUCCGAAUGCUACAAUCUCUCUGUAAUUUUUCGUCAAAUAUGUCGAAACGCUCCAGCCAACUGAAUCCAUCUUUCGAGGGCGUGUUCAGAUUCUCAUCCAAUAUUUCACCAGUAUCAUGUAAUCUUUGCUUAAUAAGUGGACAAUAAGGACAAAAUGAUAUCUGAGUAGCACUCGGGUGGGAAUUCAAACAUAGCCCGAAAUAAAACAAGUGGAGCGAAAAUAAUGACAUAUUAAUGACGUAAUGAGAAUUACGGGGAACGUCAAGUGGUCCAAGAAGAUCCAGUUAUAUUGGUGUUUGCAUACAUAUUGCUUCGUGUGCUUACAAAGUAUAUGCUUUGUAAAGUUUGAAACACCAAAUAGACCGUAGCCUAAGAUAUAUAAAAACGUAUUUUUCUUAAUGUAAAAAUACGAAGCUUCCAUAAUGUUACCGAUCAAGAAUCGCGACAGCAGAAUGAUAAAAGUAUCUGAUACUUGAUUUUGUAUUUAACAGAGAUGAAAACCAGAUUUGAAAUAUUUUAUGAAAGAGAUAGAUACGUAAUAUUGAGCAGAGAUAAGCAGACUACCAGGUCAUCGGGUGUAACUAAUCAGUUUUUUAAUCAUUUUAUCGCAUAUGAACUGUAUAAAUGUUGCAUUCAUAUAGAAUCAUAGAAUAUUAAUUACGCGUUUUGAUACAU